GACCUAUGAUUCUUUGGCAUGAUCCUUCGGAAAGUUCUUAAGCGGCGAUGGAGCAAUCUUGAUUUAAACUGUGGAAGAAGACUGACUUGUAUUUUUUCAUGCUGACAAAAAAUAGCUGCUAUGACUUUUCCGGCGACGUGGACAGGGGCCAAGUGAAGCUGAGCUGGUCAUGGUCUGUCGUCCAGUGUUCCCUUGUCGUCGGCGAUUUUGCCCGCGGCCCUUUUUGGUGGGCUUGGUGGUGGCCAUCUGUCUCUUCUACCAGACCCUGACACUCCGAGGGACGAGGAAGCUCACAGCCCCUGUCCCUGGGGCUGCCCCAAACACACCCACCGAGACCCAAGCAAGCAAAUGCAAGAAAGGAGCCUUCCUGGACAAACAGUGCUUCCUUCUCUCCGGCAAUGCACAGAAAAUCAGAGAGGUCGAGAAAUCACUAAUGACACACUUUGGGAGCCAUGACAGAAGGGCCGUCCUCUACCGGCCUCCUUCCUACAGCAAAACGGAGUUUCGUCUCCUUCAGCAAGUUCUCACUCAGCAUCGCUACUCAUUCGUCAUCGCUGAAGAAAGGCUCGGUGCUGGCCUUGAGCUGGGGCUGCUAGAAAAAGGUGAUUUGGGCUCUUGGGAUCUGCUCAUUUGCCUGUCUUCCAGGAAAGCUGGUGGAAAACCUUGUAUAUCCAAGGAAGACAUGUGCCAGUUAGGUUUACAUCAAAAGGUAAACAUAUUACCAGAAAUACAGCAUCAGCUCUGCAGUAAAGAAGGAUUAUGUCAAAUAAUUAGAAGAUUUCCAGAAUUGCGACUUGUGGUGAGCCCCUCUGUGUGUCUGGAUCAGAACCUAAAGUUAAAACUGAGCACUUCGAGUGACCCUUUAAAAACAGUGAAGCCACACAUGUGGAAACCGUGGGACUGGCAACGUGGACAGUUGAAUCAAACAACAGCCCUUGCUCCACGUGAAACAAUCUUUAGAGCCGAAGAACUAUCUGUGAUUCUUAAAGCAUAUGUGUUGGUGACAUCUCUAACCCCUUUGCGUGCAUUCAUUCAUUCAACUGGCACGGUUUGGAAUCCACCAAAGAGAAAACGCUUCACUGUCAAGUUGCAAACAUUUUUUGAGACAUUCCUGACAGCCAGUUCACCUCUUCAGGCUUUUGAUAAUAUGAAGGAAGCAAUUAGCAAACUCCUCCUAGCAGCUGAAGUAUUCAGUGAAACAUCUACUCUGGGACCAAAGGCCUUCAACAGAUGCAGAUUAUGUUUUCAGCUGUUGACUUUCGAUAUUGGUUACCGCAAGUUCAGGUACCCUGUUGUGCUCCAGGUGCAUGAGCAUUUAAAUUUUCAAGAUGAUGAUAAUGCAGAUUAUGAGGACCAAAACACAACGGAAUUCCUUUUACAAGAUACUUUCAAUUUUCUCUUCUCUAAUGAAUCUUCACUUCUGAUAUCUUCAGAAAUAUUUCAGGGACUUUAUACAUCAGGUGUUUUUAAGGGCGAAAACUAUCAGAAGGAACCAAAUCAAUGCCUGUCUUUAGAGGAGAUGCACUCAAUUAUGACUUUCAUAAAGGAACUUGGGAGUCUGGGGCCAUUCCAACUGCUCUUCCCAUCUACGGCUCCUGGGAUUCAAUCUUUGAUGCAUGAAUUUUAUGCUAUGGCAGAUCCUAUAGGACAGCCUGGUUCUGUCCUGACUCAGUACUGGUCUCUUUUAAAUGUAUUUGAACAAUUUCAGCUCCUGAAUAAAAAGGCACAGCUACAUCCACUGGAAUGGAAUCCUUUCACAGAGGAUGAGAACAUUGAAAAACCACAAGUGCCAUUUGAUGCAAUUGAGAACAAAAAAGCUUCUGUUCUACAAAUUAUAAAUGAAACCAAAGAAGUUCAUUGCAGUAAUGAUGACACACAAUGUUAUAUCAAACAGAUUCUCACACAUCCACAUUUGGAACUGAAUCCUGAAUUUAAUCCGGAGAUCAAAGAUUAUUACUCUGAAGUCCCGUUUGACGUGGUAACAGUGACAAUCGGAGCAGAGACUUCUAAGUGUCAGUGCAAGGUGUACCUGCACGAUCGAGCAGGAACAAGCUUUGCCAACUACCCUUUGGGUUUGGGAAUGAACCAAAUCUCAAUGUUUGUGGCAGAUGAGUCUCCAGCACAGGGUGAGACCCUGAUCACGUACAAACUCACCAUCUACAGAGAGGAUCGUCCAAGUCUGCCCUUGUUUGAGGACUUCUCAGCAUGCGGUUUUGUGCAGGAUUGCGGUUUGCUGAUUCACCCAGAGGAAGCCUGUGGGUUACAGCCUAUUUCCUCUGACUACAUUGAAGCUAUUUCACAGCCUGAACUAAAGAUCUGUCCAUCUGGGGACACAAAAGGCCAAUGGAUCGUUCCUUGCCUUAGCUGUUCAGACAACAGGACCUGUGACUGGAGAGAGAUAACGUGGCAGCCUCAGAACUGCCAAUAUGGUGUCUUAACCAAGCCUCAGCUCCAGCGAUGCCUGGGGGGAAGGAAGAUUCUUUUCAUUGGAGAUUCAACCAACAGAGGAAUAAUGUACUAUCUGAUUGAGAGACUGAAUGAAACCUUGCAAGAAUGGCAGAAGGUGCAUGGCACAAAAUUCUACCACAAUGUCAAUGGUGGGAAGACUUUGAUCAGUUAUUCCUACUAUCCCCAGUUCUGGAUAAGCCCUUCAUUGAGACCAACAUUUGAAAAAGCACUUGAACAUCUCUUGCAAAGAUCACGUCCCCUGGAGAAUACAGGCCAGACGGUAUUGGUCGUUGGUGGUGUUCAGUGGCUUAAUUCCAAUCACUUGCAAAUUAUUCACAAGGUUUUGAAAAGGGAAAAUUUACUCAAUAUCCUUGUGAUCAUCAAAACUUUGGGAAUUGGAUUUCAUCUCCCAGUAGACGGACUGCAUUUCUUGACACAGAGUGAAGUUCAGAACUUAUGGAAAGAAAAUGUGAUUAUUCUGGAUGCUGCAAAAACAUAUGGCUAUGAAGUGGUUGACACAUUUACUAUAACGAUGGGGCGGUACAAGGAGUUUUUGCAGGGGACGUGUGGAUGUCAUUUCCAUGAGUCCAGAGUGAUUGAUAAGGAGACGCCAGGGUUGCCUUGCCACGGCUUCCAAGUGCACACGUGGAUAGCGUUACAGUGGUCACUGACAUGCCCUAUACUACCCCCCCUCCAACUGCUGUGUCACUGCAGAACUUGUCCUUCCUCAGAAUACAGUCCCCAGCAUUUGUGUCACAGGUAUCCUGCCUCUGGCUUCUGUGAAGGCUCUUCAUCUGCCGACCCAUCUGUUCCGAAGACUUACAAUACUACGUUUCAUAGUAGGUGGCAGAACGGAUGA